ACGUGGCAUUUGUUUUUCGACACUGGACGAAAAUAAACUGUCAUUUUUGUCGAUUUUUGCCAUCUUGUCCGUAAAAACGAUCCAUCAAAAGACGUGUACAGAAAACCAUUUGAAAUUGAUUUACAAGCAUGGCAACCACAACGUACCAGGAUUUCAUUCAACAGAAUGAAGAUCGAGAUGGUGUACGCUUCAGUUGGAAUGUGUGGCCCUCAAGUCGUCUCGAGGCCACCAGGAUGGUUGUUCCUCUUGGCUGCCUGUUCACACCGCUCAAGGAGAAGCCAGAUUUGCCACCAAUCCAGUAUGACCCUGUUCUCUGUCAGAAACAGGCUUGCAGGGCUGUCUUGAAUCCUUACUGUACUAUUGACUACAGAUCAAAGAACUGGACAUGUAAUUUCUGCUUCAAUAGGAACCCAUUUCCUCCUCAGUAUGCUGCUAUUUCUGAGGCUCACCAACCAGCAGAAAUCAUCCCUCAGUUUUCAACCAUUGAGUAUACACUGACACGUGCCAUAUGCCACCCACCUGUUUUCUUGAUCGUGUUGGACACGUGCAUGGAUGAUGAAGACCUCCAGGCAGUAAAGGAGUCCCUGCAGAUGUCCCUCAGUCUCCUGCCCCCGAACGCCCUCAUCGGUCUCAUCACAUUUGGCAAGAUGGUGCAGGUCCAUGAGUUAGGAUGUGAAGGAUGCUCCAAGAGCUACGUGUUCCGAGGCACCAAGGAUUUGAGUGCUAAGCAGAUUCAGGAGAUGUUGGGGAUUGGAAAAGGUGCAGCCCCUGUUGCACCAAGGCCUGGUCAGAACCCACAAGGUCAAGGUCAGCAUCAGCAGCUUCCUUCGAACAGGUUCCUUCAGCCUGUUCACAAAUGUGACAUGGCUCUAACAGAUGUGCUUGGUGAACUCCAAGGUGACCCCUGGCCUGUCCCCCAGGGUAAGAGAUCCCUCAGAUCAGUUGGUGCUGCCAUGUCCAUUGCAGUUGGUCUGCUUGAGUGCUGUUAUCCAAACACAGGGGCACGUGUCAUGAUGUUCAUCGGUGGCCCAUGCACUCAGGGUCCCGGUAUGGUGGUCGGCGAUGAGCUGAAACACCCCAUCAGAUCCCAUCAUGACAUCGAGAAGGAUAACGUCAAAUACAUGAAGAAGGCCAUGAAGUUCUAUGAGCAGUUGGCGAACCGUUCCGCCACCAAUGGUCAUGUUAUCGAUCUGUACUCAUGUGCCCUGGAUCAGACUGGUCUCCAUGAGAUGAAGUACACAUGUAACCUCACAGGUGGUCACAUGGUGAUGGCUGAUUCGUUCAAUACAUCCCUAUUUAAGCAGACAUUCCAGAGGGUGUUCUCCAAGGACAUGAAGGGAGAGUUCAAGAUGGCGUUUGAGGGCACUCUCGAAGUCAAGACAUCCCGCGAGUUGAAGGUGUCCGGCUGUAUUGGCUCCUGUAUCUCCAUGAACCAGAAAAACCAAUACGUCUCAGAAACAGAAAUAGGAGUAUGUGGCACAAACAUGUGGAAGACAUGCGGAUUAUAUCCAAACACGACAUUUGCUCUGUUCUUUGAAGUGGUGAAUCAACACAAUGCCCCCAUUCCUCAAGGUGGUCGCGGGUAUAUCCAGUUCAUAACGCAGUAUCAACACUCGAGUGGGCAGAAAAGAGUGCGGGUCACCACACUGGCAAGAAGUUGGGUUGAUGCCUCCGUCAAUAUACAGCACGUGUCUGCCGGCUAUGACCAGGAGGCGGCCGCAGUAUUACAAGCCAGAAUGGCCAUGUACCGUGCUGAUAAUGAUGAUGCCCAGGAUGUGCUACGCUGGUUAGAUCGGAUGCUUAUAAGAUUGUGCCAAAAGUUUGGAGACUACAACAAAGAUGAUCCCAACUCGUUCAGAUUCUCCGAGCAAUUUUCACUGUAUCCACAAUUUAUGUUCCAUCUGAGGCGAUCGCAGUUCUUACAGGUGUUCAAUAACAGUCCUGACGAGACGUCAUAUUAUAGACACAUGUUGAACAUCGAAGAUCUAAGCCAGUCCCUUAUUAUGAUACAGCCUAUAUUGUAUUCAUAUUCGUUCCAUGGACCUCCGGAGCCUGUCCUGCUCGACACAGGAAGCAUCCAGCCUGAUCGGAUCUUACUCAUGGACACAUUCUUUCAUAUUGUUAUCUACCAUGGCGAGACUAUAGCUCAGUGGAGACGAGAUGGGUUCCAUAAUCUCCCAGAGUAUGAGAACUUCAAACAGCUUCUUGCUGCACCCGUGGAUGAUGCACAAGAAAUCUUACAGAUGAGGUUCCCAAUGCCUCGGUACAUCGACACAGAGGCAGGAGGAUCACAGGCACGUUUCCUGCUGUCCAAGGUGAACCCAUCGCAGACACACAACAACAUGUAUUCAUGGGGACAGCCUACUGAAGCCGAUGGUGCAACACCUGUGUUGACGGAUGACGUCAGUCUCCAAGUGUUCAUGGAUCAUCUCAAGAAGUUGGCUGUUUCCAGCUCAUCGUAACAUUGAUGUGAGCUAUAUCAUAUGGGAUAACUGAGGAGAUCAACGCUGUUUUCAGUUAUGCAGGAAUCCUCUGUCACAAUUUGUGCCCACAGCAGUGAUGCAAUAGGGGUGCGUUAGUGCAUUAAUUCCUGGUCAAACAGGAUGUAUUACAUUAGUAGGAAUCCUUGGGAUCAUUAUAUUGUUAUGCAAGGCAUUGUAGUGAUUAGAAGGAGAACUUACAACACCCUAUCACAACACUGGCACUGGCCAAGUUGCAGCAGUGGAUUCCUUGCUUAAUGAAGACCACGAACUUUGAAAACUUCUAUCUUAUUACUGGACAUUAAAGAUAAGAGGAGUACUUCUUUAUAACACACAAUUUCAGAAACUGCAUGCAAAUUCAGUUCAUCAAUUCAUAUAAUUGAGUUGAAAGCAUAGUCGGUGACGUUAUUUAGCAAGUCGCAAGGCACCUUCAAAAAGGCCUAUCUUACAUGUAAUAGGCUGAUGUGAAACAGAUGCAAACCAGCUUGGUGUCUAUACAGUACAAGAUUGUGCAUUCAGUUGUGUACAUGUAAGUUUCUAAACAUCCAACAUCCAUCCUUUGAGGGUUUCCCCAUCAAUUCGGAGAAAUAACACCAUUUUACUUUUAUGAACGCCGAUAAUCAUUGAUGAAUCGAAAAUGAAACCUUAUUGUGUUGUUUACUUGCUCUGCAAUGAUGGCAUCUAUAGCAGAAUAAGGGUUUUCCAUUCCCAGUAUGUUGUGUUCAAUGUCCUUGCAAGACUACAUGUAUGUUGGAUGCCUUGCAUGUGAUACUUUCUUUUCGAUUCAAAUGUCAAACUCAAGGAACUAGACAGGAUUGCUACCUGUUGUCAGUGGAGCAUGCAGCCUGGGAUUGUCAAUUUCUACGAGGCACUGAAAACCGCAAUUGUUGUUGCAGUGUUUUCCCUAAUUUCUUCUUGAAAAUUUGAUUUUCCUGUGAUGGGUUUUGCUUCUUGUUGUUUCACUUUGCUUUGAUGCAAUACAAAUGUCUUAAUUUAUAUCAGAUACAAUAAAAUAAGUUGA